GCCUCUAUCGCUCCCUCUACCUCUGCCUCUAUCGCUCCCUCUAGUUCUGCCUCUAUCGCUCCCUCUAGCUCUGCCUCUAUCGCUCCCUCUACCUCUGCCUCUAUCGCUCCCUCUAGUUCUGCCUCUAUCGCUCCCUCUAGCUCUGCCUCUAUCGCUCCCUCUAGCUCUGCCUCUAUCGCUCCCUCUUCUGCCUCUACCGGUACCUCUGCCUCUAUCGCUCCCUCUAGUUCUGCCUCUAUCGCUCCCUCUAGUUCUGCCUCUAUCGCUCCCUCUAGCUCUGCCUCUAUCGCUCCCUCUAGUUCUGCCUCUAUCGCUCCCUCUAGCUCUGCCUCUAUCGCUCCCUCUAUCGCUCCCUCUACCUCUGCCUCUAUCGCUCCCUCUAGCUCUUCUGCCUCUAUCGCUCCCUCUAGCUCUGCCUCCGCUCCCUCUAGCUCUCCCUCUAGUUCUGCCUCUAGUUCUGCCUCUAUCGCUCCCUCUAGCUCUGCCUCUAUCGCUCCCUCUAGCUCUGCCUCUAUCGCUCCCUCUAGCUCUAGCUCUGCCUCUAUCGCUCCCUCUAGCUCUGCCUCUAUCGCUCCCUCUAGCUCUGCCUCUAUCGCUCCCUCUAGCUCUGCCUCUAUCGCUCCCUCUAGUUCUGCCUCUAUCGCUCCCUCUAGCUCUGCCUCUAUCGCUCCCUCUAGUUCUGCCUCUAUCGCUCCCUCUAGUUCUGCCUCUAUCGCUCCCUCUAGCUCUGCCUCUAUCGCUCCCUCUAGUUCUGCCUCUAUCGCUCCCUCUACCUCUGCCUCUAUCGCUACUUCUGCCUCUACCGUCUCUGCCUCUAUCGCUCCCUCUACCUCUGCCUCUAUCGCUCCCUCUAGCUCUGCCUCUAUCGCUCCCUCUACCUCUGCCUCUAUCGCUACUUCUGCCUCUACCGGUACCUCUGCCUCUAUCGCUCCCUCUAGUUCUGCUUCUAUCGCUCCCUCUAGCUCUGCCUCUAUCGCUCCCUCUAGCUCUGCCUCUAUCGCUCCCUCUAGCUCUGCCUCUAUCGCUCCCUCUAGCUCUGCCUCUAUCGCUCCCUCUAGUUCUGCCUCUAUCGCUCCCUCUAGCUCUGCCUCUAUCGCUCCCUCUAGUUCUGCCUCUAUCGCUCCCUCUAGUUCUGCCUCUAUCGCUCCCUCUAGUUCUGCCUCUAUCGCUCCCUCUACCUCUGCCUCUAUCGCUCCCUCUACCUCUGCCUCUAUCGCUACUUCUGCCUCUACCGCUACCUCUGCCUCUAUCGCUCCCUCUAGUUCUGCCUCUAUCGCUCCCUCUAGUUCUGCCUCUAUCCUCUCUGCCUCUAUCGCUCCCUCUAGCUCUGCCUCUAUCGCUCCCUCUACCUCUGCCUCUAUCGCUCCCUCUAGCUCUGCCUCUAUCGCUCCCUCUACCUCUGCCUCUAUCGCUACUUCUGCCUCUACCGGUACCUCUGCCUCUAUCGCUCCCUCUAGCUCUGCCUCUAUCGCUCCCUCUAGCUCUGCCUCUAUCGCUCCCUCUACCUCUGCCUCUAUCGCUCCCUCUAGCUCUGCCUCUAUCGCUCCCUCUAGCUCUGCCUCUAUCGCUCCCUCUACUUCUGCCUCUAGCUCUGCCUCUAUCGCUCCCUCUAGUUCUGCCUCUAUCGCUCCCUCUAGUUCUGCCUCUAUCGCUCCCUCUAGCUCUGCCUCUAUCGCUCCCUCUAGCUCUGCCUCUAUCGCUCCCUCUAGCUCUGCCUCUAUCGCUCCCUCUAGUUCUGCCUCUAUCGCUACUUCUGCCUCUUCUGCCUCUAUCGCUCCCUCUGCCUCUAUCGCUCCCUCUAGCUCUGCCUCUAUCGCUCCCUCUAGUUCUGCCUCUAUCGCUCCCUCUAGCUCUGCCUCUAUCGCUCCUUCUUCUGCCUCUCCUCCUACCUCUGCCUCUAUCGCUCCCUCUAGUUCUGCCUCUAUCGCUCCCUCUAGUUCUGCCUCUAUCGCUCCCUCUAGCUCUGCCUCUAUCGCUCCCUCUAGUUCUGCCUCUAUCGCUCCCUCUAGCUCUGCCUCUAUCGCUCCCUCUAGUUCUGCCUCUAUCGCUCCCUCUAGCUCUGCCUCUAUCGCUCCCUUUACCUCUGCCUCUAUCGCUCCCUCUAGUUCUGCUCUCUAUCGCUCUGCCUCUACCUCUGCCUCUAUCGCUCCCUCUAGCUACUCUGCCUCUAUCGCUCCCUCUAGCUCUGCCUCUAUCGCUCCCUCUAGCUCUGCCUCUAUCGCUCCCUCUAGCUCUGCCUCUAUCGCUCCCUCUAGCUCUGCCUCUAUCGCUCCCUCUACCUCUGCCUCUAUCGCUACUUCUGCCUCUACCUCUGCCUCUAUCGCUCCCUCUAGUUCUGCCUCUAUCGCUCCCUCUAGUUCUGCCUCUAUCGCUCCCUCUAGUUCUGCCUCUAUCGCUCCCUCUAGUUCUGCCUCUAUCGCUCCCUCUAGUUCUGCCUCUAUCGCUCCCUCUAGCUCUGCCUCUAUCGCUCCCUCUAGCUCUGCCUCUAUCGCUCCCUCUAGCUCUGCCUCUAUCGCUCCCUCUACCUCUGCCUCUAUCGCUCCCUCUAGCUCUGCCUCUAUCGCUACUUCUGCCUCUACCGGUACCUCUGCCUCUAUCGCUCCCUCUAGUUCUGCUUCUAUCGCUCCCUCUACCUCUACCUCUAGCUCCUCCUCUAUCGUUCCCUCUACCGCUACCUCUGCCUCUACCUCUGCCUCUAUCGCUCCCUCUAGCUCUGCCUCUAUCGCUCCCUCUACCUCUGCCUCUAUCGCUACUUCUGCCUCUACCGGUACCUCUGCCUCUAUCGCUCCCUCUAGUUCUGCUUCUAUCGCUCCCUCUAGUGGCAGCUGGAGGCAGGCCAGGGGAGAGUAUGGAGGAGAGGGGGCUGCCGUGGAUCAGCUAAAUGUGAGCAUCUGGAGCAGCGGGCUGGUCUCUGCCGGCUACAGCCCUCCGGCUCAGAGUGGCAGUGCCAACGCAGCCGUAGACACCGCCCGCCAACGCCAUGUUUAUUUUUACACCAGCUGGUGA